AUGCUGGUCCCGGACUCUUCCUUCUCCAAACGGAUUCUCCGUCCCGGCCGCGGGCUGGAUCGCCCCGGGUUGGGGUCGCGGUGCCGCGUGCUGCUGGAGCCCCCCGAAACCGAGGGGAACGGCGCCGGGGACGCGGUGGAAGGGACGGCGUGCGGCCGACGGUGCCCGGUGAGUCCCCAAAACGCAACGAAAGACCCCAAAAAUCCAACCGAGGGGCUCCAAAAACCAACCGACGUCCCCAAGGAUCGCCGAAACGCGACGGAAGAGCCCAAAAAUCCAACGGUGGAGCCCAAAAACCGAAGGAAAGGCCCCGAAAAUUCAACAGAGGAGCUCCAAAAUUCAAAGGGAGACCCCAAAACUCCAACUGACCUCAACCAAAACCCAACGCAGGACCCCAAAAAUUCAACAGAAGACCCCAAAAAAUCAGAUGAGAACCGAGCUGAGGGCUACAGAGACCCCAAAAACCCAACAGAAGACCCCGAAAGCCCAAGAAAAGAACCCAAAAUCCCAAUGGAAGACCCCCAAAAUCCACAAAGAGAUCCCAAAACCCCAACAAAAGACCCCAAAAGUCCAACUGAUGUCAACCAAAACCCAACGGGUGACCCCAAAACCCCAAUCGACCUCAACCAAAACCCAAGAGAAGACCCCAGAACCCCAAUGGAUGUCAAUGAAACCCAAGAGGAAGACCCCAAAAACCCAAGGAGAGACCCCAGAAGGCAAUCAGAAGACCUCAAAAUCCCAACGAAAUGCCCCAAAACCCCAAUGGACCUCGACCAAAAUCCAACGGAAGAACCCGAAACCCCAAGAGUAGACCCCAAAAACCCAGCAGGAGACCCCAAAACCCCAAGAACAGACCCCAACAGUCGAAUGGAAGACCUCAAAAUCCCAACGAAAUGCCCCCAAACCCCAACUGACCUCAACCAAAACCCAACGGAAGACCCCAAAACCCAAAGGGGAGACCCCAAAACCCCAACCGACCUCAACCAAAACCCAACGGAAGACCCCAAGAACGCAACCGACGUCAAUCAAAACCCGACACAAGACCCCAAAAACCCAAAAGAAGACCCCAAAAACCCAACAGAUGUCAAUCAGAACCCAGAAGACCCCCAAAUCCCAACAAAAUGCCCCAAAACCCCAAUGGACCUCGACCAAAACCCAACGGAAGACCCCAAAACCCAAAGGGGAGACCCCAAAACGCCAACCGACCUCAACCAAAACCCAAUGGAAGACCCCAAAGCCCCUACUGACCUCAACCAGAACCCAAUGGGUGACCCCAAAACCCAAAGGAGUGACCCCAAAACCCCAACCGACCUCAACCAGAACCCAACAGAGUCUUUAGUGUGA